CUUGAAGUAUUUGACAGAUCGCCAUAUUGAAUGUCAACAUUAUGACAGUUGCUUUGCUUGGCGAUGUUUAUUUUCUUUCAUUGCUGUCGUUUAGUUUUAUUAAUAUUUCUAUAUCAAAAACGGUACAUAAGAUGAAAUAAAUAAUAAAGAAUGGUAAAAAAAUAAUUUAAAUAGUGGCAUAUUUAGAAUUCUCAUAUAAGCAUUACAUUUUAGUUGGACAUUACAAUGCAAGUGUAAUGUACUGACCUGACCAAAAACUAGCUCCAUGAGUACGUGAGAAAGAAAGAGGGAAAAAACUAUGCAUGAGAGAGAGAGAAGCAUAUCGAGCAUGUCGGUGCAUAGGACGGACGGACCCUUCAAUCUAGUGCUUGCAAAAUUGUGAAGAAGCAGCUCAAACGCAGCGUGCAGCGCUACUUGGUGUGGUUCGCAAGUAGAAAGGAAAACAACUUUAAAACAGCAAGCAUACAUUUGAAGCGAACGCAUAAUUUCCCGUAGUGCCGUAUUAAAGUAUACAAUAAGCGUUAACCGUUAUUCUACAUCGACCCCCGGGGGGUUGGGGGUGGCCUGAAGGACCCAGUGCUUUUGUUUCCUUUCCGUGAAACAGUGUGGUUCAACAUUCGAUCUACAUUACUUCGCCGCGUCCUCGACGAUUCGACGAUUGCUUGCGUGUGUGUAUGUGGGUAUAUAUUUUCCCUCUGUAUGUAUCCGUGUGUUAGUGUGUUUGUGUAAGUGUGUGCGUUCGCUAUUGUUUUCAUCGUAGACAUCGUUACCAACCAAGGGCUGCGCGGUGAUCACCGACGUUCCCCGAUAUCGCAAACGGGGCAUCAAUAAGUUCGAUUGUUUCAAGAAAGCCAAUGUAAAUCGUGCGAUUUCGCCGUGGGUGCAGUGGCGCGCCACCACUUUCAUCGAAAUCGCCUUUCAAAUUUGCAAAUUUUCGCAAAGGGCCUACCCUCAACUUUCCCAGUGCCAAGCGCACUGCCUUUGACGAUCAACUAACAAAUUUGCUUCCUCGCUGCCACAACUCCAACGACACGUAAGAAAGUUCUGCAAAACCGUGGUACCUCUGUGUGCGUGUAACAACGCACAAACACACACACGCACACGCACAAAGUCUGUGUGUGUGUGUGUUGUGUGUUGCCCAAUUUCCGGUUGUUUCGGCUGUCUGCCGUGACGUCAUGUGGAUGGCACAGCCAGCCUUGAUUGGCGACGUUGCUGGUGGCCACACUGGGUACUGCAGCCUCAGUACCGGAAACUGACAGCCACCCUGCGUGAGGAGGCGAAUAUAAUACAAACUACGAAACGACGACAAGCGAGAAAGAGGAAGCGCAAAGCGGAGCACUGGAGGAAGCAAAAAAAAAAGUAAAGUAUCGCUCGAUCCCUCAGGAAGGAACUCAGGAAGAAACGAGGAAGUAGAGAAACCGAAGGAGGAAGUGGACCAUGCCGGUAUACGGUGGGAUGCAUGAGAAUAUUAGCAGCAGCAGCAGCAGCAGCAACAGCAGCAGGUUCAUACCGACUUAAAGGCAGCAGCAAGCAGCUUCUCGAGCCCGCACGCCUAGCAAAAAGUCGAUUUUUGUGGUGUUCCUGUGUGUGGAAGUUGAUUUAAAGGCAUGUGCUGCUGAAGGGGAAUGCGGAGCCGCGUUGUGUGGUGCAGUUUUUUUUUCCUGUUUCUGUUUGAGAACGAGACGAACUGAAGGAGAACGAUUUCCAGUAGAGCAAGCGACGAACCCCGAACUGAGCGUGUGUGUGUGGGUUGCAAAUACCGGUGGAUGAGUGUGUGGAGAAGUUGUACUGACGUGGACAAGAAGGGCAAACCGAAGCCACUGGCCACUCAGGGGGCGAAGUGCUUGGGUCUGUGUAUAUUUGUGUGAGCGGCACAAACGAGAGAAAGAGAGAAAUAGAUAGGGAAGACGGGUAGGUUGACUACCAAAACACACUAAGGCAGCGAGCAGACAGAUACAACCUUACGUACCAAAAGCGUACACACGGAGUCCGGGACUGGACCGGGGGUCCCCCAAAAGAGUCAUAAAGUUAGGCAAGCGUAUAUGGGAACCGAGCGAGAUGGGCAGGUUUUGGAGUGAAAGCAAGCGACCAGGGUCCCGGAUUCGCUAAAGGUGGAAUAGAAGAAGCCACCGGCACGACCACACGUGUGUGUGAACGACAGAGAGAGAGCGAGCAGGAGAGAGAGGCGCACAGAGAAGCCGAGGACAAUAAAAUCCGUAAGAAGGAAAGGAACAAAAAGAGACAAAACAAAGGGCCCGAUGAAGCGGUGAUCGUUUUGGGGGAGCGAGCGAGCGAGAGAGAAGAAGGACCCAUUCCCAUCCGCGGAUCCGCGGAUCCGUGGAGAAAGGGAGAAGAGCGCACGCGAGUGUGUGCCCCCUCGUCGGAGAGCGGGGGACCCCGAACAAGAUUAAGAUCGUCAACCGGCGGAGUUCGCGCAUAGCAUCGUCAUCAUCCGCCGUAGUUACACGGCUGCACAUAACCACCCACCCCCACACAUCCCUGCUCACCCCCCAAAAGAAAUUGAAAAGAAAGGAAGGGUGUAGCGGAAAGAUCGAAGCGAGAAUAGGGCGGAAGGAAGCGAAACCGCGCGCGCGUCAGUGGCGGGCCGGGAAUCGAACGAAGAAGAAGCAGAAGCAAAAAAAAAACAGAAAGAGCACCAGAGCUCGUUUUUGUUCCCUCUUUUCUCGGUCAGCGGCGAUGGUAAACAAGGGUAAAACACCCGAAAAAGGAAACGAAAGACUUCAGCAGAAGCAGCAAACCCAACCACAAAGCAGUGCCAGGCGUGGACGGGGGCGGAACGAGGCAGGAGAGGGGGUUUGAAAACAACAGUUCGGCUGACAUUUGUGCAGAACGGCGCAGCGCAGCAGUAGUGCGGUAGAGACCGUGCCUGCACCAUCCACCGUAGAGUGACACUUGAGCGCUUGUAAAAACAGUAGAGCUGUCCGACACCGCAAGCGACGAACCUUUUGCGGCGCGAUUAUAUACAAGUGUACGCGGCCAAAACGCGGCCUGUGACUGGGUCUUGUGCGUCUUUUUUCAUUCCGUCUGGGUUUUUGCUGUUUUGUGUGAUCGAACACACACACACACGCACACAUACCGAGCGCGAAAAGUGAAGAAAGAGGAAAAAGACAAGGGUUGAAAUAUUGUGUGUAUAAGUGUGUGUGUGUGUGCAGGGGUUUUUUUUCUUUCAUUUCCUUCGUUCGGUCAUAAACGGAACUGAAAGUAGCAAGCCGUUGCACACACAAUAUGUGAGUUUUGCUUCAAAACUUACCAUCUCCCGUGCAUUAAGUCCCCGUCGUCAUCGUCGUCGUGUUUGAUCGCCUUCCCAGCACAACAGCCACACUGAGGGCGGACGGCACACAUACCAACGUUCGGUAUUGUUUUAUUUUAUAUGCCUUCCCUCUCUCGGCCUGUGUGCUUGAACAGUGGCUGUGCUGAGUCGUUUUGUUUCACUGCUUGUUUUUGCUUCUUGCUGUGCGGUAGCACCCAAUCAUCGUUCUCACGGUCUGAAUAUGCACCAGAAGCCGAAGCGCGUUAGCGUUUAUUCAUCUGACCGGCCAGUGAAAAAGCAGUAUCAUUUACCCAGUACACGGGGGCUCUAGUGACAGCAAGGCAAGCUUUCAAAAAAAAAAAAACAAAAAAAAAUUAGACAUCUCGACGUUCUGUUUUCAAAAGGAUGUCUUGCAGAGCUGGUAACCAGAAUAGGACCACCUUAAUGACGUUUACAUUACACUGUGUAGGACACAUUGCGUACAGUUUGUGCUAUUGUUUGUGACACGGUUGUGCCUUUAUUAUAAGAAAAAGUGUGAUUAGAAGAGCAACAAAAAAAACGGCAUUACGGUGUAUGCAGUUAGUGCAGCAAGGAGCUUAAAACACGUAACACACCCCCACCCACGCAGCAGUGGCGUGUUAGUGGUGUGGGUUUUUUUUCUUUUUUUUUUAUUCCGUGUUAACGAUAAUCCCUUUCUCUGCUGUCCAACACCAGCAGUACGAAAAAUAAAGUAAUCCUCCCCCCGGGGCAAAAAGGAAAAAACGGAAGCCGGAGCAAAGGAACAAGCCUGCGAGAACAAGAUGAAAAUACACCACCAUCGGGCACGGUUUACGAGCAGCGUAUUGUACGAUCAUAACUUCCACGGUACAGAGCAGCAUCGCCACCAACACCACGAUCAGCAGCGCGUGCAGCAACAGCAGCAGCAGCAGCAGCGUCAACGUCGCCGCUGGACGCAGGACAACGCCUGUACGCUGCGCACCGGUGCACCGGUACGCUGUUGGUUGCAUCGGGUUGCAACAACCCGGCAACACAUCUUCCACCGUUUUACCCAGCUGCAAAGGGAUCAACGUGCAGCAACAGCACCAGCUGCCGGUUGCGAAACGUCACACUUUUAGUGUGUGUGUGAGUGAGAGAGAGAAAGAAGCAAACAAACGCCGUCUUUAAUAAGUGCGAAAGGAAAUAUUUCACCAAGCAGCAGUAGCAGCAGUGUUUGUACGAAAACCCCCCCGGGUUCUUGCCCGGGAAGUGCCGGGAACAUCCUAAAAAAGAAAAAAGAAAAGAAACCCGUACGUAUGUGCGUUUAUGUGCUGUAAAAAAAAAGAAAAAUUGUCUCUUGUGCGUGUGUGCGUUCUGUCCGGUUGUGUUUUUGUAACCCCGCGAAUGUGUAUCCUUGUUGUGUGCCAAAAAGCAAAAAGCCGAAGGAUAAAAGUGACUUUUGUUUACGUGUGUUUUCUCUUUGUGUGUGUGUAUUUGUGUAUUUUUUGCCGCUGGAAAAAGUGGAAAAAGGACUGUGUUUUCCACCCACUGUAAAUCAUUAAUUCUGUAAAGGAAUCUUUGUAUCUGUAAUUACUGUUUUUUUUUUGUUCUGUCGUAACGCAAGUGAACGCUCUUGUUGUGUGCGUGUGUGCGUCCGUAAGUGAGGAUCGUCGCGCGCGCGCGCGUGUGUGUUUGUGUUGAGCAACAACCAGGGGCUAAUCCUACCGUGUGGCCCCCGGUGGUGGUACAGACGGCAACUUAAACGGUGAAAAGGGAAGGAAGCCCCCGGGUUUUUGGCGGUGUGUUUGUGCGCCAGGUGGUGUGACGUUGAAACAGACGACACACGACCAAAAUUUUCCCCUGUGGCGGCUUGUAACAGAGGAGGGGAGCGUGUACGCUUCCAGCACCAGGUGUGUUGCAUCAAUUCAACCUCACCCAAUCAAAUACAGCGCACCAGCAGCAGAAGCAGCGAAUUUACCGUGCCUCUUACCUUCUGCUUUACCAUCUGCAAAGGAUACACGUGGCAUCUCCCCAUCUCGCACAAGAAAAAGAACACAAAAACGCAUUGUUUAACACCCGGAGCAUUGUUCCGUGCGCGUGGCGCUUGUUCUUGACCUCACCCCGUGUCUGCUCGAUCAACCAAUACCAAUAUAUCAAUCGGUCAGCGCUUCAUCGAUCAACAGGUGUGUGCCUGGUUGUGUGCACACUCACACACACACAGACACACGCCCCCUAUGAGGUGAGUGUUUGCCGGCAACACCAACGCCACCAUCACUAUCGCCGUGCUGAGGGUCCUAUUAAGAUAAUUCACCGGAGAAGCUAAUAAAAGCAUCCCCAAACCAGAAGAUCCCAUCAGCAAAUCGUCAUUUUCUUGGAGGUAUCGCGUUUGAAUCUCCAGCUAGCCGCUCCUCAACCCGAAAUUGGACGGAUAGAGGAAAACAAAAAAAGAACAAAAGCAUACGAGAAAAGGGACGGUCCCCGUGCAUGAUACAUCCGCGGCACCAAACACACUUGGAAGCAAUGAAAUCAAGUGCAGUAAAAUUUUGUGCUAUACUACUAAUAAUGCUGUCAUCAGUUGUGGUUCACACAGACUGCUGUUCUAGCAGAUCGAUGCCAAAAUCAAGACCUCGGCCAGUGUCACACUUUCGCGGUGUGAUGACGUCCGCCACCACCACCUUUACGGUGAUCCGGCCGGAUGCAACCUCCACGUCGAACCGGGAUCCACCCGAUACGGUAUCGACGGGGAUGGACACGCGUCUGACCGGCAGUGGUGGGCCGGGCACUGGCGGGCUCGGCCGUGGUAUCAGCACCAGCACCGGUAGCGCAGGGAGCAAAGCAAACGAACAGCAGCCGACGCAACGGAACGGUGCAUCGAACGUACCAACGGACGGUCGCACCAGGGACGAAUCGUCGAGCGGGCGCGGCAACGAGAAGGAUCAGCUGCUGAUGCGCAUGGGCAAAUGUUCGCAACUGUUCGAGGAAAACUACUGCCUGAACGGUGGCAAAUGUUACAACUUCACGAUCGCGAACUCGACCAUGCCGACGUGCGAGUGUGCGGACGGCUUCAUGGGUGAACGAUGUGAGUCAAAGUACCUGGAUGGGACCUACCUAAGCAUGCGCAAGCCGAAGAUACACAUCGAAACGGCGAGCAUGUAUUACGGGGCAUUUCUUGCCAUGAUGGUAGUGCUGGCUGUGUUCUACUAUCUGCACUGGCUGAACCAUUGCCGCUAGCGGACGAACAAGGAUCCCGUUGGCGUCGGGCGUGACGUCGCAGCGUGAUCAUUCCGACAAGCGGCAAUAGUGUAAGCCUAACCUCGUAAUUGGUAUGUCCCAUCCUACCCAAGAAAAAAAAACAUAGAACCAUUCACAUCGGAUGAGAUGUCAGACGUUCGACCCGGUACUUCCGGUGCUGUGUCUGAUUAAGCUAGAUCGUGCAGGGUGCACGCACCGUUAAAACCCCCCCAAAAACGGGUCGUUAUUCCGUGCUUUUUUGUUUAUUUGCUGGGUGGUGUGUUCCCCUGCACGUUCGAAACACAGCAUAACAUUUCGGAUUGUAUUAUUCGAAUAUUUAAGUUGCUAUUUUAAACAAAACUAUAUAUAUAUGUGAAGAGCAAAGAGAGCGCGAACGUGAAAAACGCACGUUGUCCAAAGCGUUCACAAAAAACGCAAGGGUUGUCACUUAACUUCGUCAUACACUCACCGGUAGUUUACAAGUAGAUCUUUUCUAUCUCCCCCCGAAAAAAAAACAACAGCGUAUACAUAAACGCGUUAGCUGUGAAACAAAAAGGUGGGGGGAGGAGAAAAACAAACCGUGAAGCAAAAUUACGUUAAUAAGUUAAGAUCAAAGUGGAUCCAGUCUUAGCAGGCAGAGCAAAACGAACGAACCAGAAGCGAUAACCAGAAGCGCAUAAAAAAAGAGGAUCUGAUUUAGGUGUAACGUUAAUAUAGAUAAAUACUUUUAUGUUAAGUUUAGUGUAAAUAACACGCAUGUCCCCAUAUGCAUUUUUUGGGAGGGGGCGAGGAAAUGCGAAUUGUAAAAUACGAAAGUGAUGUAAUAGUAGAUGAUGAUUCUGUCUGUCUGUAUGUGUGUAUGUGUGUAGAGGACAAAUGACAGCCCCUAUUUCUCAUCAAGAAUGUUGAAAGAUCGUUGACGAAUCUGAACCACACAUACACACAUUUGCACACAGCGUGAACAAGAGAGAGAGAUAAAGAGCGACGAAGGGAAGAAAUAUUGUAACGAAGCAAAAAUAUAUGCUUCGUUGUACGAUGGAAAAAAACGUGUGCAAAAUUGUACUCGUUUCGACUCGAAAAUACAACCUGAUUCUAAACAAAUUGACUGACGACUAAACCUUUUGCAUACGGAAAACGAAACAAACAAAAAAUGCAGGUUGUGUGUUGGUGUGUGAUUUUUUGUUUAGUGCGUACGUUUUGACAGAUUCACCUUUGUUUAGUACAUUCGCUUUAGAUGUACACAUAAUCAACUUUCAAAUUAAUAACUUCAUACUGACAGAUUGAACAGAUUGUAUUUUUUUUUUUCGAAUUUCCUACUAAUGUGCAUAAGAAUUUGGAUUUUAUUUUCAUACAAAACAAAAAAGGGGCACUUUAUAAAAAUGUUUGUUAUAAAAAUAAGAAUAAUUUUUGUAAAUGCAAUGACAUAACUGUCAUUCUAGACAUUCUAGACACUCCAAAAUAAUUUUCUAGCUCUAUAGUAUGUCUAAAACCAGUAUAAAAACUUUGAUAUCGUGAAUUACUAACACUAAAACAUCAACACACACACCUGCAAAGCUACCAUAAUGAGUGCCUGCGGAACGAUUAAUAACAGUGCCUCUAUUAAAGCAAUACAAACGUAGGCGAGAGCAAACCAUACACAAUUAUGUCUAAUCAAUCAAUAUUUUCUUUUUUCCAACAACACCCUUCAUAGUGACAAAAACGAGCGAGAGCGUGAAAUGACUUGUAAUUUGAGGAAAUAAUAUUAUUAAAAUUUAUUAUAACAUACAAACACACAGGGAACCAGGUGCUAUUUCAUGUCUUCGUGUGCGAUGGAUAGUUCCAGCUCUUCUUCUUUUUUUGUCCUUAGCAAACGGUUGCUAUUAUUACGAUUUAGUUUUUAGUGACUAUACUUAUUACAUCUGUUAUAUUGUGGUUUCUGUGUCGAGGGGGAAGUAUAGGAGGCAAAAAUGGGUGAGUGAGAGCUUAAAGUUUUUGGGUGAAAGUGCACUUAACACAUCAACCCGGGAUUAUAACCGGAGUCGGAGUAUUCUGUUUCCAUGUUUAGAGUACGUUUUAGUACUUGCCUAGUGUGCUCUCUAGGGUAACUGCCGUUUGGUCGUCAUCCGGCUAUUCCCAUCCACCGGUGUUGUGUUUUCGUUGAAAACAUACAUAAAAUAGACGCGUUUCGUAAAGGAUUUCGAAUGAACUUUUUUUUUAUAAAAAUCCAUUUCAUAACAUAAGAACUUUAAAAUUUUGAAUCUUUUUUUUUCUUUUUUUGUUACAGUCCAGUUUUCCUUUCGAUUCCUAAAACCAUUCCAAACAUGCAUGAUUUGAUGGUGGACAUAAACUAUUUUUUUUGUUAACGCUGGAGACACUCAAACGCAGACGACCUUAAACUUAACUUAAUGGGUCCAGUAUUAAGGAAAAAUGUGGGAACAAGUUGCCUUUAAAAAAGCAAAGUAGCACCAAAUUUAUUUUUUUUUUUUUUUCAUUUUAAUUGUUUCAUCCAAAACUCAUAACAACAGAUUCCCAUGAAGUUUCUAGAGAGUGUGUAGAAAGUGGUAUGCAGUGUAGAAAUCGACCAGAAGUUGCAUCACGAGAAGAGGGGGGGGAGGAAGGGUGUGUAUGUUCCAAGCAUCAGUAUUAUUCACAACACAAUAUACAAAACGAAAUGAUUCUAAAACGUAUACAAUUGAAUUAUAACACGCACUCAGCAUAAAUCGAUAAAAAGGAUAACACUAAUAAGCAAAAAAAAACAUAUUUUAUAAGACAACCGCACCAAACGACUUCAAUGGCAUAAAGACUGGAGUGGAUUUUUUUUUGUAUCUAAUUCAUUUAAAAAAAAACAAUCAUUCUUUUGGCAGAGAGAAAAAAGAGAGAACGAUGAAAUGAAACAUUAGAGAGAGCAAAAAAAAAUAGCUAAAAAGAAAAUUCAAUAUAAGACGCAUUUUCCGGCUACCGAAUGCAGCACAUAAUAGAGCGAAGCGGCCUUUUUAGGUAUAUCAAAUGCCAUAAUGCGAUAAUUCCAUAUUCUUUUUGGAUAAUUCUUUAUUUGUUGUUGUUUUGUAUACUUUUAUACCUCCACUGCGCACUUACAAGAGAGAGAAAGAGAGAGAGAAAAACGUUUAGAAAUAAAGCGAAAGUAUGUGACGAGAAAAACCGAGAAGGGAUAGUUAUAUAUUAUAUACUGGCAUUAUUAAUCUGUCCUGUAACGAAUUACUUUAACCAUGACGCAUGUUUGCGCACUAAGGGAAGGAGGUGGAAAUGUUUACUAAACGUUUACUACACUAGAUGAAAUUGAAACGUAAAUUCUCUCUUACAAAUUACGUUUUUUACCGUGUGAUGAAAAAUGUGUUGCCUUUUUUUUAUCUUCUUUUACUCUCAACCGUAUACAAUUUGUGAAGCCGGAGAAAGAGAGAGAGAUAGAGAGAAACAGAGAAGGGAAUGCUUCCGAUAACGAACAGAAUUUUCUAACAAAGCAAAUAAAGCAGGAAAAACAAACGAAAAGAAAACGAUCUAUUCAGACGAUAUAAAUCUCCUCUCUUGAAUAAAAAAAACUGCUGCGCGAUGGUCUUGAAAAGCGAAUAAAUAUAACUGCUGCAACAUGUCACAAUGAUAGUAAUGUUAAAACACGUUUACAUGUAGAGCAAAAUGCACUGAAAUGGGACGGGAAAGAGAGGGAAAAGGGAAAGGGGAGGGAGAGGGGGGGCUAGGGAAUAAUGAAAGACACAUAUUUAUAGGAUUACAAAUGCGCAAGAGCAUUUAAAAGUAGGAUGGAAAACAAAGAAAAAACACAAGAAAGGAACAGGAGCGUCGUAUCAAAGGAAAAACAAAUGACACGCACGUUGGGAUAAGCGACGAACCCGGGUUCAUGGGUGAGAAGAAGAAAAAACACACAUACGCGCGAAAAGCGGAAUGCUUAACACACGUGAUGCAAGGGAAUACUAUUUAUUACUACGACCCAACUAAAGCCAACCGGUUCGUACGCGCGUGCCUUUGUUUGAUCAACUUUCCCAACGCAAAAGAUGAUCAAAAUUUUAUGAAAUAUAUAUUUAACUAUAUAAUUUAUCAAGCCAAGCAUCGUCAGUUACACACAUACACACAAAAACGCGUUUACAGGUGACAGAUUUACACACACACACACACACACACACAUACACAUACACAUUGUCAACAUUUGGUUCCUAUCAAAUUUAAGCUAAUCUUAAAUACUGCUAAUAUAUGUAUACACUCUUUCCACAUUCAUACACAUAUACACAUUCGUACACACACACACACACUGCUAAAACACACGCGCCGUUCAUCUCUUUGCACGCUGAAAAAAAAACCCCGUUUCCGACACCGAUGACACAACACGUGCAGCAGGUUUAAUGCGGUUUUGUUUUGUACUAUAAAAAACACCCCCCACCCCGACUUGUAUUUCGAUAAGGAAUGGAAAACCGAAAAAAUUGAAAACCCACGUUUAGCUUGUUUUGUUUUGGUUUCUAUUUUUCAACCCCCCUUUGUUUGUUAUGGUGUUUGCACAUUUGCACCAGUAAAGGGAAAACUACAUCCAAACAUCACUCGCAAUUGCAACACACUUUUCACGGGCAACGGGAACAAACAAACAGAAAAAAACAGUUAUAUUGUUUCGCUAUUUAGAUAGGGAAAAUAUUAGUAAACAAACAACCGCACGUUCCGAUCUCAGCUGAACGGUUUCCCAUUUUGCCUUUAUCGUUGUGAAGUAGGAGGGUAUAGGGUGAAAAUAAUGUUAUACAUCGAUCGGUGUGCUAACAAACAGCAAUAUACAGUAGCAUGAACCUGCAAGAAAUGUGCAAACCAUCGGUGCCUGGAGUGGAAGACUGAUAUAUAUAAAGAUGUACACGGUUGUUUUGUUUUUUUUUUAUUAAAAAAAAGGUGUACAAUUUAUUUUACCACCUAAGGAGCGCGAUCGGUUCGUUUUUACAAACAGGAAUCAAAAACAAAAACAAAAAAAUCCCAACUUACAAUCAAGAUAUUAGGGAAAGUAUUGAAUCGUAAAAAAAAUAGAUAAAUAAAUUAAUAAGAUAAAGAAAAAAUCGAA